CUGCGGUGGCAUGGGGGCCUGGGGAGCCUUUGUCCAUUGAAGAAAUCCGGGUCGACCCGCCUCAGAAAAUGGAGGUCCGAAUUAGAAUACUCUUCACAUCCAUUUGUCAUACUGAUCUUAGUGCCUGGAUGGGCGAGAAUGAAGCUCAACGUGCUUAUCCUCGUAUCUUCGGUCAUGAAGCAUCUGGAAUAGUUGAGAGUGUUGGAGAAGGGGUAACCGAUUUACAAGAAGGGGAUCAUGUAGUUCCCAUAUUUAACGGCGAAUGUGGAGAUUGCGUUUAUUGUAAUCGUACAGACACAAACUUAUGCGAGAAAUACAGAGUAAACCCUUUCAAGAGUGUAAUGCAAGCAGAUGGGAAGUCUCGGUUUUCGACAAAAGUAGAUGGGAAACCCAUAUUCCAUUUCCUUAACACUUCGACUUUUAGCGAGUAUAGUGUAAUUGAUUCGGCAUGUGUUGUCAAAAUUCCCUCCAAUGCCCCCCUCAAGGAAAUGGCUUUGAUCAGUUGUGGCGUUUCCACAGGAGUUGGGGCCGUGUGGAACACAGCUGACAUCUUUGAAGGUGAUAAGGUUGCUAUUUUUGGAUUGGGCGCUAUCGGUUUAGCUGUUGUUCAAGGAGCUCAAAUCAGAGGAGCAUCUAAGAUUAUAGGAGUUGAUAUAAAUAACGAAAAAUCCAUCAAAGGUAAAAUAUUUGGGAUUACUGAUUUUAUCAACCCAAAUGAGUUGGAAGGAGUAUCCGUGGAUGAGAAAAUAAGAGAAAUGACGGGAGGUGGGGUUGAUUUCAGCUUUGAGUGUGCCGGUAACUUGAAUGCCAUGCGACAAGCUUUCCUUUCCAGUCACGAUGGUUGGGGAUUAACUGUGAUUUUGGGAAUUCAUCCUUCGCCAAAAAUGCUGCCUCUCCAUCCGAUGGAAUUGUUUGAUGGUAGACGGAUCGUGGGAUCUGUCUUUGGGGAUUUUAAAGGGAAAUCUCAACUCCCUCUUCUAGCUGACCAUUGCAUGCAAGGGGAGGUGAAAUUGGAAGAAUUCAUAACUCACGAGCUUCCUUUCAGUCAGAUUAAUGAAGCUUUUCAGUUGUUGAAGGAUGGCAAGUCCUUGAGGUGUAUUCUUCAUCUUUAAAUAA